GAGAUAAUUAUGUGGACAUCAGUUUCUUCCUACGUCGUCUAGCUGGCUGUGUGGCUACGACAUCCUCUAUGUCGCCAUCGUUUAGAUACAUAGGUACCUAUGUAGGUAGGUAGGUAGGUAGGCUCCUUUAUCUUACAUGUGUAUAUCUCAAAUUUCUUUUAGGGCCUUGCCUCAAACACAAACCAACGAUUACAUUCUCCAAAUUGAAAUCCCACUUUAUAUAAGCACACCUUGUUCCUUUCCCCAAUUCUCCUAAAUUCGAGGUUAUUAGCAGCAAUGUCUUUUCCUGCUUUCCCUAAUCUACCUGUCGAGAUUCAAGCCGAAAUAUGGCGAGAGUACAUCUUGGACGCGAACAGAAAUCGCCUCGUACCUAUGGACGAUGUGAAAAAGCAAAUUUUGCCGACACCUUCUCUCACAUCACCGGCCCUACGUAUCAACUUCUUGGCUCGGAAAACAUAUUUAGAUAUGUAUCCGGUCCAGCUGCCCGUCUUUCGAACUUUGAUGGAGCCGACAUUCCUAAGCGACGAUGAGGAUGAGGAUUGGGAAGACGCGCAGAGUGACGACGGUAUAUCUGGCGCACCGUGUGGAUGCAUCUACAUCAACUUUGAAAGAGACAUCUUCGUAAUUGACAAAUAUGAGCGGUUCAAUUUCAGUUUCGAAGAGUUAGGAUUCAAUGAAAAUCGCAGAUCCACCAUUUUUGCAGUAACGGAAUCAUUGAGUCCAAACCAGUAUGGGCUUAUAAAGCACACUAGUAUGACUUUCUCUCCUUUAAAAUACAUUUGAUAUAGCUAGUUGUUUUAACGCCGAGAGCACAUGAAAGCUAACAUCUUGAUCUUAGUGGAGGUCUACCCGGUCAUGUGUAGUGAACCUUUCCCUGAAAUUGAGGAGUUGGAAAGGGAGAUCGAGCCUAGAUUCAAAAUAAAUGAAUUCAGUGGGUGUCAAACUUGUCGACAUGUCUAUGUAUUAUUUGAUCGGUGGUAUUCACUACUGGAUGACUUAUUGACCCUUUCGGGCAUUGAGUUCUUUGAACAGUGGGAUAUAUUUACGCUUGUUCAUGAAGG